GGGCCGCUGCGCGCGGGCCAGUACUCAGCCCAGCGCGGCCGGAGUCGGGCGGGGUCCGAGGACCGGGUCUGGGGCCGGGUCCGGGGUUCGGGCGAGUCCCCUCCCGAGGCGGCCGGACUUUCCUUCCCGGAGUUUCCCGAGCCGCCCGCGCAGGCGGCCCAGCCCCGGAUUCCUAACCCGGCACGCCGCAAAAAUAGCCCGUGGCCGGAUUAGCACGUCCAGUGGCCUGACCGGGCCGGACAGCUCGGCUCCAGCCCCCGCCCAACAGCUGAGGGUCCUGGGAGCGGGAGGGCUCAGAGUCCGGGGCUGUCCCCAGGCUCCUCGGAGCUGUCCCCUCCCCCCUUACGUUUUCCUUCCCGGCCACCGCCGGUGGGUGGUGUCUCCAAGUCGAAACUCCAGCUCAGAGGGUGGGACUUCUCGGGAUCUCCCCUGUCCCGGCGGCCCUCGCUGGGGAUGCGAGUAGUAUCAGCACCAGCAGUAGCUGUGGAGCUAAGGGUGGGGACUGACCCACCUUCCCCUCACAACCCCGUCUGGAGACGCUGGAACUGCAGGGCGCCGGGAGCCGCUCCCAGAGACGCUCCUACCUUGUGCUCAGCGGCCCAGAGGAGGGGCCGGGGCUGAGCCUGAGGCCACUACGAGGGUCCUCCCUCCGGCUCUUCUCAGCUCCACCUGCUGCUCGGAGCGCCCCGUUGCUCCUCUCCCGGGAUGUGAGGGCCCCCCCACCGGCUCCAGUUCCCCCACCUCCGUGUCUGUGACAGGAUCGACUUUCUGUCAAGGGCAGGGAUCGGAUUCCUCGGCUUCUGCUUGCUUUCUGGGUGGGGUGCGUUUGAAGGUGACCCCCUCCUCCCUGAACUGAGAUGCUCAGGGUGGAUGGGGUGGCAGGGGGCCCAGCGGGGCCUGACAGCCCUCGUGGCCUGAGGAACCCAGACGGUCUGCCCCCUGUCCUGGGGGCUGUGGCCAGGGCCAGCCGGGCAGGCACGUGGGUCCCUUCUGCCCAGCUCCUGGGCAGGCAUGGCCCAAAGCUUUGACCCCUGGGAGGCUUGGCGACCUCAGACAGUGCUGGCCUCUCUGAGCCUCAGUUUCCUAUCUGCAGGAUGGACACCGAGGACCCCUCCCAGGAGUUGUGAUAGGUCAGCGGGGUCAGUCAGGGUCAGGUUUGAGGCCGACGUGCCAGGCUUCUGAUGAGUGAAGCCAUUUCUGCUCUGAUAAGGAACUUUGGGGACUUGGUUUCCCUUCCUGGGGCCUCUCCGGUGCCGUCCAGCGGCCGCCGAGUUCUGGGAGGGGUUGCUAAGCUCGAGGGUGUCUGGGCACCAGGGAGCAUGUGUGUGGGGUCAGUCCUCUCCGGCCAGGCAUGUUGAGGGGGUGGGGGCCUUCCCCCUCUGCGUCGAGGGGGUGCCUUCACCCAGAAGCUGCUGUAGUGGAGUCUGUGCCCCUACUCCCUUGCUGACUGUAUGGUAUGGACAGGUCCUCUGACCUCUCUGAGCCUUGGGGCUCUGACCCUGGGUGUGUCCCCCUGUUGGGGGUCUGGGGCUUCCAUUUUUUUUUUUUUAUAAUUUUAUUUAUUCAUUUAUUUUUUCCCCCAAAGCCCCAGCAGACAGUUGCAUGUCAGUUGCACAUCCUUCCAGUUGCUGCACCUGGGACACGGCCUCAGCAUGGCCGGAGAAGUGGCGCAUCGGUGCGUGCCCGGGAUCCGAACCCAGGCCGCCAGCAUCGGAGCAUGCGCACCCAACCGCUAAGCCACGGGGCCGGCCCUGGGGCUUCCAUUUUGGUAGCCAGAAUGUGGGCCAUGUGCGCCCUCUGAGCCAAUGCCCCUCCCUAGGCGGGCGCCCCCUUCCUGCCCUAGUCACCACCCUCCCCGUCAGGUCCCAGAGUGAUGGUCAGUGAUUAUCACGGGGAUCCUGUGCCCUCAGGGCCUCCUGUAGCAGGGCCUCCUGUUGUCUGUUGUUGGCCCUCCGCAUGCUCAUCUGGGGUGAUGGCAGGCGAUGGGUGACACGAGGAGGCAGGGAUCCAAUGCGUCCUCCUGGGGACGGGCAGAGGGCACCAUGUGGACCGUCAGCCGGGUCUCAGGCCUGCCCUGCUCCCCUCUGGACCUCAUUUGUUCCACAGAAAAGUGGAGGGAUCGCUGGGAGGGUUUUGGAGGGUUGAGGGCUUGGCCAAUAUCAUUCCUGACAUGAUGCCGUUUACAGACAAGGCAAAAAGGCACAGAGAGGUUUGGUGACUUUUGCUUUGCCACACAGUAGCACAUGGUGGAGAAGGACUGGAUUCUAGGCUGUCAGAGAGCUGGUUCUCCGCCCUCCCAAGGGAGAUCUGGGGUUGGGCAUGAGAUUAGGGGUCAAACGGAAACCUGAGGGUCAGAGGUCAGGGCUCUGGUGGGGAGGCUGGAGGAGCCAGCCCUCCUGGGACUAUGGUCAGGUGAGGUGGGGACACGUCUGGGCAGGUGUCCCAGGGUGGUGCCCAUUGCUUCAGCUGACUUUGGCAGUGGGCGGUCCUCUGAGCAGGGCAGGGCCCUGGCUUGGAGGGUCUGGUCCUGGGGCUGGCCGUCCACUCGGCCUCCCACCCCCAGCCAGCACUGUCCUGUGUGGGGGCAGUGGUGGCUGCUGCUCACACCUGAGGAUCCAGCUUCACACAACCGCGGCUACUGUCCAGGCCUGGGCGGGCCAGACCUUCUCCCCAGUCUCCUGCCCCUUGGCAUACCUUCCCACACUGGGCAUCUCUGAAGGGUCCUGUCCCCAGGCCACCAUGGCCCGUGCUCCUGUGGCACCCGCUCUGGGGCCCUCUACCCUGGCUCCCUGGCCCUUCCUUUGGCCGCCCGCCCCAGGGAGCUCCCCACAGCUGGCAGGCAUCACUAGCCUUUCUGGGUUUGAUUCAGCUGCUGAUUCUUGAGCACCUACUGUGUGCCAGGCACCAUUGUGGCCCCUGACUUUCAGAUGGGGAAACUGAGGCUUGCUGAGGGCUGCGGGUGGUGGAGGCGAGCAGGGUCUGUGUACAGUGUCUGGGGCCAGGCUCCCUGCCCGGCCUCCCUGCACUGGCUCCUGCUUCCUAGUCCCUGCACAGUGUCAGACCAGAGUCCCCAGUUGUCCCCAGAGCAGGAACCUGUCAGUGGGCCCCUCCCUCCUCCCACCCCACCCUCUGCCCUGAUGGCUGCAGCCACUCCCGCCUUCUCGCUGCCCUUAAAGCCUCCCUAGUAGCCUUGACCUGCGGGUCCCUGGGCCUUGCCUCCUCUCACAUCUCGCCCCACACUGGGCCUGGGCUGUGGAGUGCCUGGCCUGCAGCUGUUUUGUGCCCUCCUGCUGGGCUCGCCGUUAGCGUUUGCAUCGUCAGCACUUCUGCUUCACUUCCAGAUGCCCGUUUGGGUGUCUCCUGAUGGGGCCGAGCCCCGGGUGGGCAGCUAUGAAUGUCGCCAGAGUGACUCAGACGCUGUGUGACCCUGGCAGUCCGGCCCUCCCUGGGCUGUGUUUUCUCUCUGCACUGAGGGCUCAGCAGAAGGAGAUGCUGUUGGGACUCCCCCCCAAGGGGUGUUCUGGGAACAAGAGCCCACUGUGCGCCUGGGGGAGGCCUGGACACUGAGCCACUGUCUCCUCUGGGCGGACACUGUGCCCCUCCCCAUCCCAGACUCUUUGUCCGGCCUGGCCCUGCACCUCCCCCACACCCUCGAGGCCCACUGUGGAGCCCCUGUGUGUGAAUCCUACCCACAUGAGGCCCCGAUGGGGAACUGGACACAGAGGGGUAGGGCCAGCCGGGACCCACGGCACUGAGGGCAGGGUGGGCAUCCUGGAGCCGUGUGGGUUACAGAGCCCCUCCUGCCUCUGCCCCAGACACAGGAGGGGUGUGGGUGGAGGUGAGGGGUGCCCGGAGGUCUGGGCCUGCAGGCGGGGAGCUGGUGGCUCCCUCCUGAGCCGAGCAGCCCAUGUGUUCUUGGGGCCAGCCGUGGGCCCAGGCUGGCAGGGCCAGGGGUGUCUGGCUCCCUAUGCAUGCUCACCACUUUCUUCUGCCUCUGCUAUGCUGUUCUGCCCUGACACGGUCAUGAGGUCAGCUCCUCCUCCCAGACCCAACUGAAGGGUCAUCUUCAGGAAUCCCCCUUCACCCCAGAUCAUGGGGUCGGCCCCUGCUAGCCUGUGCUCUGAAAUGACCAGUGUUUGCCAGGUGGUAGCUCUGGAGGAGGCCUGUCCUGGGCACUGCAGACUCGGUAGGACAGGACAGCACGUGUGGAUGAACUCCUGAGCUAAAUGCGGGCCGGGAGCGCCUGUGGGGAUAGCGCAGCCUGCCUGAGGCUGCGGGGACUUGAACACUUGGGAGAGGGGGCAGAAUGCUUGUGCAGGGGCAGGGCAUUGGAAGAGCCCCGAGACGGGAGGGAGCCAGCUGUGAGGAGAGGCUGAGGGGGCAGAGGGAGCCAUGGAGGGUCUGGAUGGGGGUGUUGCUGGGAGCUGAUCAGCUGGCAAAGGUUCCUCGCAUUCCUGAGUGGAGAGCCAGCUGACAUCACCCAGAGGUGCUGGGCACGCAUGGGGGCUCCUGGAGAGGCCGGCCCCCCGGCCCCCAACCUGCAGAUUCCCUCUCGGCCCUGUUCUUCUCUGGACCUCAAAAUGGCGUCAUCAGAAGCACUGGCUCGUUUUCCAGGCGAGAGCAUGAGGCUGUGCGAGGCGUGUGGUCAUUGAGGGGCACGGAUGGACUGAAGGUGGCAUAGCCUCCCCGAUCUAACAUGCUAAGGGGCUCGCCAUCCAUCUGGCCCCUGACCCACAAGGCCUCACAGGGCACAGCAUGAUCUCGGGGUCAGAUCACCUGGAUCCCCACCUGCAGGCCCGGCCUGACCGAGGCUUGGAGGGUGCCCUCAGGAUGCUGUCACAGCACUGCAGGUUCUAGAAACCCCUCUCUGAGUACCAUCUGUCUUCCCAACCCCCCAGUGUGCCUGAAAUUCCACCUUCAAUGCUUGAGACUCAGACUGUCCUUCCCAGUCACUUCCUUCCCAGCAGGGGUCUUCCAGUCUGCAGGAUCUGGGGAGGGAGGGCUGACCGAUGAGGAACCGCCUCCCAGGGUGCUGACCUGUAACCUGUUGGUGCUAUGGCUGGGCCGAAUCAAGGGACAGAGGUCUGGGCUGGGUUUGUGGUGCGAGUUAGAUGCUGAUGCAGGUCUCCUGGUUCAGAUCCCAGAGGCACCCAAUUCUCGGUCAGGAUGCCUGCAUGUCGGACACAGGCCCACCAGCCCUGCCUGCCUCCAUGCCCUGCAGGGAAACCUCCGUCUGACUGCAAGUUGUGGGGCUCAGCAUGGGCAGGGGCCCAGAGGAAUUCCCGGUGAUGUGGGAACAAGUGCUGCCCUUGGCCUUUGCCUCGAGAUCGGACCCGGUGAGGGCAGGGCAGAGGGGCUUGGCCCUGAGUGGAUGGAAAGACCCUUGGGUGCACAGUCAGCUCGGAGAAGAGGUUGGAACGUGAGAGAUGGGGUAAGAGCCAGGAGAAGGCGUCCCCGAAGGACUCCCUCCCACCUGGGCCUGUCCCUGGUCAGUGUAGGGCCAGUGGGAACUGAGAGUAGCAUCCUGGGCUCAGCCCUGUUUGGUAUAGGGCCAGUAGGUGCUGCCAGCCACAUCCUGGCCUGGUCCUCAGUCGAUAGAGGGCAAGUAGGACCUGUGAGCUGGGUUCUGGGCUGGUCCCUGAUUGGCAUAGGGCCAAUAGAAGCCGUGAAUAGUGUUCUGGGCCUGUGCCUCGGUGGUACAGGGCCAGCAGGAGCUGUGAGCAGCCUUCUAGGCCUGUCCCUGGUCUGUGUAGGGCCAGUGGGAGCUGUGAGCAGUGCCCUGGGCUCAGCCCUGUUUGGUAGAGGGCCAGUAGGAGUAUGAGCAAUGAGUAGUGUUACUCGAGGGGUGAUAGGAGCUGUGAACAGUGUCCUGUAUAGGGCAUGGAGGAGCAGUGAGCAGCAUCUGGCCUGUCCCUGGUUUGUGCCCUGUGUAGGGCUGGGAGGAGCUGUGAGCAGUGUCCAGGGCUGUUUCUGGUCCAUAUAGGACCAGCAGCAGCUGUGUGUAGUGUUCUGGGCCCAUCCCUGGUCUGUGCUUGGCGUCUUGUGCCCUCCCUAGUCUGUGUAGGGCUGUGACAACAUCCUUGGACUUUCCCAGGUCAGUGUAGAGCCAGGAGUUGGUCUGAGCAGGCCUGGCCCUUCCCUGGUCUGUGAGUCCAGUGGGAGCUAUGAGCAGCGUCCUGGGCCUGUCCAAAGUUAUGCUAUCCUGAAUAUGUGACCUUGGGCUAGGCAAGCCUCUGUUCUCUAGGCCUCAGUUUCCCUGUCUGUAAAGCAGGGGUGGGGCUUUCUCUGUAUCUCCCCCAGGCAGUGGAGAGGAAGGCUCGGGAGUAGAGCUGUUUCUAGAGGCAUUAAUAGGUAGAUUCCAGACCCUGCAGGUCAGAGUCUGUCGGGGUCUGAAGCUCUUCGAGGAUGCUGAGGAGUAUUGGGGUCUCUGCCCUCCCAGUAUUGCUCAGCCACUCCCCAGCUGUCCAUGUGCCCCAUUGUGGUCAGGGCACCCUUCCAAUCUUGGAUAUCCUGUUUCCAGACCCCUCGGGGUCCUUCUUUGGGGAGGGGAACCAGAUCUGCCCUGAUGGUGAUGUUUUAUAAGGGGGGGUAGAGUGCCAAGGAGGCCGUGGUCACGUGGCCAGGCAGUCGUGGCCCAACCAAACUCUGGCCUCUGCUCUGAGCCCUGGGCCCUUCCCCUGUACCAAGGUGGUAUGUUUGCGGUCUGGUGUCAGAUGCAGAGGGGGUCCGUGCGCUGCUCUGCUGCUGUUUCUGGGUGUGUGGUGCCCCCUGGUGGUCGUGGCAGCUCUGCGCCCAGGCGGUUUUCAGGAGGUCCCGCCAGAGCAGCUCUCUGACGCUGGGAAGCCAAGUGGCCGCCGCUGUGUGAGAUGGAGCCAUUAGGCGCCCUGUCGUGGGUGUUGCGGGCCCUCUGUCUUUGCAGCGGUGGCACGGUGGUUAAGAGGGUGAGAUCUGGGUCGGACAGGCUUCAGGUUUGCCCCGUACAGACGGGGGAGCCCCUCAGCCGGCCCCUGCCCUCGGGCUCCCUCUGACCUCUGCACUGGCUGUUCCCUGUGCCAGGUACCCCCUUGCUGAGCCUUGCUUAGUGAGCCUUGCUCACUCAGUCACCUCCUUCAAGCCUUUGCUCAGAUGUCACCUCACUGCCCCCAGCAACUGUCGUGCUGUUUUUGUCCCUGUCACACUCCGCGUCUUCUGAUUCAGUACAUCUGCUUACUUACGGGUUUGUGUCGUCUGGACCGUGAGCUCUAGGAGGGCAGCUUUCCUUGCUUCUCCACCAGCGAGUGUGGAUGCUCAGAUACUGUCAUGUAAAUUUCUGUCGUCUGAAGACCUAGUCUGUGCCUAGCCAUGUCUGUUGGGCUGCACAAGGCAGGAACUGAGCGUGUCAGUGCUGAGCGCACAGGAGGACGGCAGCAGUGGGAGCCGGGCCUGUGGGUUAUCAUGGCUCCCCCUCCUCCUGGGUCUGCGCCCAGUGAACCCUCCAAGAUCUGUCAGCAUCGUUACUGAGUAAUACACCACACCCCCAGGCCUGCCGCGCUGCACCUGGAGCCAUGAGUGAGGCCCGCAGGGACAGCACGAGCAGCUUGCAGCGCAAGAAGCCGCCCUGGCUGAAGCUGGACAUCCCAGCGGUGGUGCCCCCCGUGGUGGAGGAACCCAGCCUCCUGCAGGUAGGCCCUGGCCAGCAGGGGCUGUGGGUGCGCCCUGUCCAGCCCCCUCACCGUGACCCCGUUGCCCAGCCCCUGAGACGCCAGGCUUUCUUGCGGAGUGUGAGCAUGCCGGCCGAGACAGCCCGCGUCCCCUCGCCCCAUCAUGAGCCCCGGCGGCCGGGGCUGCAGCGCCAGACGUCCAUCACGCAGACCAUCCGCAGGGGCACAGCGGACUGGUUUGGAGUGAGCAAGGAUAGUGACAGCACCCAGAAGUGGCAGCGCAAGAGCAUCCGUCACUGCAGCCAGCGCUAUGGGAAGCUGAAGCCCCAGGUCAUCCGGGAGCUGGACCUGCCUAGCCAGGACAACGUGUCGCUGACCAGCACUGAGACGCCCCCUCCACUGUACGUGGGGCCGUGCCAGCUGGGCAUGCAGAAGAUCAUAGACCCGCUGGCCCGGGGCCGGGCCUUCCGCGUGGCGGAUGACACCGCCGACGGCCUGAGCACCCCGCACACGCCUGUCACGCCCGGUGCUGCCUCCCUCUGCUCCUUCUCCAGCUCCCGCUCGGGUUUCAACCGGCUUCCCCGGCGACGCAAGCGCGAGUCGGUAGCCAAGAUGAGCUUCCGGGCGGCUGCAGCGCUGAUGAAGGGCCGCUCCGUUAGAGAUGGCACGUUGCGUCGGGCACAGCGCCGAAGCUUCACUCCCGCCAGCUUCCUAGAGGAGGACACAGCUGACUUCCCCGAGGAGCUGGACACGUCCUUCUUUGCCCGGGAAGGUGUCCUCCACGAGGAGCUGUCCACCUACCCAGACGAGGUGUUCGAGUCCCCGUCGGAGGCAGCGCUCAAGGACUGGGAGAAGGCCCCGGAGCAGGCAGACCUCACGGGUGGGGCCCUGGACCGCAGCGAGCUGGAGCGCAGCCACCUAAUGCUGCCCCUGGAACGCGGCUGGCGGAAGCAGAAGGAAGGGGGCACGGCCGCCCCGCAGCCCAAGGUGCGGCUGCGGCAGGAGGUGGUGAGCACAGCGGGGCAGCGGCGGGGCCAGCGCAUCGCGAUGCCGGUGCGCAAGUUCUUCGCCCGGGAGAAGCGGCCGUAUGGGCUGGGCAUGGUGGGCCGGCUGACCAACCGCACUUACCGUAAGCGUAUCGACAGCUAUGUCAAACGCCAGAUCGAGGACAUGGAUGACCACAGGCCCUUCUUCACCUACUGGCUCACCUUCGUGCACUCGCUCGUCACCAUUCUAGCCGUGUGCAUCUACGGUAUCGCUCCCGUGGGCUUCUCGCAGCAUGAGACUGUGGACUCGGUGCUGCGGAACCGCGGGGUCUAUGAGAAUGUCAAGUAUGUGCAGCAGGAGAACUUCUGGAUUGGGCCCAGCUCGGAGGCUCUCAUUCACCUGGGUGCCAAGUUCUCGCCCUGCAUGCGCCAGGAUCCACAGGUGCAUAGUUUCAUCCGUGCUGCGCGCGAGCGCGAGAAGCACUCGGCCUGCUGCGUGCGCAACGACCGGUCCGGCUGCGUGCAGACCUCAGAGGAGGAGUGCUCGUCCACACUGGCAGUCUGGGUGAAGUGGCCCUUCCAUCCCAGUGCCCCAGACCUUGCUGGCCACAAGAGACAGUUCGGCUCUGUCUGCCACCAGGACCCCAGGGUGUGUGAUGAGCCCUCCUCCGAGGACCCCCAUGAGUGGCCAGAUGACAUCACCAAGUGGCCGAUCUGCACCAAAAACAGCGCUGGGAACCAUACCAACCACCCCCACAUGGACUGUGUCAUCACGGGCCGGCCCUGCUGCAUCGGCACCAAGGGCAGGUGCGAGAUCACCUCCCGGGAGUACUGUGACUUCAUGAGGGGCUACUUCCACGAGGAGGCCACGCUCUGCUCUCAGGUGCACUGCAUGGAUGACGUGUGCGGGCUCCUGCCCUUCCUUAACCCCGAGGUGCCCGACCAGUUCUACCGCCUGUGGCUGUCCCUCUUCCUGCACGCUGGAAUCCUGCACUGCCUGGUGUCCGUCUGCUUCCAGAUGACUGUCCUGCGGGACCUGGAGAAACUGGCAGGCUGGCAUCGCAUAGCCAUCAUCUACCUGCUGAGUGGCGUCACCGGUAACCUGGCCAGUGCCAUCUUCCUGCCGUACCGGGCAGAGGUGGGCCCAGCCGGCUCGCAGUUCGGCAUCCUGGCCUGCCUCUUCGUGGAGCUCUUCCAGAGCUGGCAGAUCCUGGCCCGGCCCUGGCGCGCCUUCUUCAAGCUGUUGGCCGUGGUGCUCUUCCUCUUCGCCUUCGGGCUGCUGCCCUGGAUCGACAACUUUGCACACAUCUCCGGCUUCGUCAGUGGCCUCUUCCUCUCCUUUGCCUUCCUGCCCUACAUCAGCUUCGGCAGGUUUGACCUGUACCGCAAGCGCUGCCAGAUCAUCGUCUUCCAGCUGGUUUUCCUGGGCCUCCUGGCUGGCCUGGUGGUCCUCUUCUAUUUCUACCCCGUCCGCUGCGAGUGGUGUGAGUUCCUCACCUGCAUCCCCUUCACUGACAAGUUCUGUGAGAAGUACGAGCUGGACGCUCAGCUCCACUGAGCUGGCUGGGGCACUGGGGCCACGUGCUCCAGCAGGCUGGAGCCUCACAGGUCGUGGGCCUCCGCCUGCGCAUCGUGGGGGCCUGUUCCUGGACACAGCUCUCUGUGCCUUGGUCACUGCUGUUGAACCUCGCGCACUUCUGGGCAUUUAUUACACUACUUCCCCUGGUUACCUGCUAACUAGUCUCUUGACGACCACCCCAUGUGGCCAAUAAAUGGACCGGGAGCGUUUUAGCUGCCACUAACGUGA